AAAUGAUUGGAGUUUGAAGGAGCGAGAGGUCCGUCAUCGCGCCAUCGUUGAAAUGUUUGGGGAAGACAGCUAACAGUCGGCUUUGCCGCUGUUCAUCCGAGCGAUGAGAUGUCAACGGACUGGGUCCAUGCUCUUAUCUUUGGCUUCUACGAUUCCAAAAUCCGAACCGUUUAGGAAUAUUUUGAAUUGUAUUGCAACCGUAUUUCAUUGUGAUUAGUAAAGUCACGACUGUUUCUGGAGCAGAGGUAACGUCAGGCCUAUAUGUUUGACGGCUUUCUGCAAUAUGAGGAAGCAAUUGGUCGAGUUCCCUCUGUGAUGCUAUCGAAAUCUUAAAAGAUAAUUGCCACACCAUUUUGGACCAAAUAUGUAAAAGCUAUGGCCCGUGGGAAACACAAAAUGAUCGAAGAAACAUCCGUGUCAAUAUCGCCUUGAACGAACUCGAAAUCCUGCGCUUUCUCUGCGAAAACUUCUGCCUGAGUUCAUGGUGCAUCGGUUACAUCUCGAUCGGAUUUUAACCCGGCGUUGACUGUUCAAUGGAAGUAUGUUCCCAGCUGCCGGUGUUGCCUCUAGACAGGCCGGUUCCCCAGCAUGUGCUGAGGCGCAGAGGAGCCAUCAGCCUCGGCACCAGCUCUGCUCUGUUCGGAGGUCCUUCUCCGAGGCAGCUUUGCAAGAGGCGAGGAGGGGUGUCCUACAACAGCGCUGAUCAGGCGGUUCUCUACCUCCACCUGCUCGGUGAUGUGAAACAACGGGGCCCGGGGCCGUCGGAACCAGUGCGUGGGGCCCCUCACUCCCACGUCAAGGUCGACUAUCAGAGGUUUCACUGUCACCAGGGUCCCGUAGGGCCAGGUGCCAGGGGCCUCAAGAGCCACCGCAGACGGCUCAGCUUCCAGAGGGGUCUCAAGAGCCGCCACCUCCUCCAGCGGCCCUCGGGCCCGCAGCACCUCCUCGACCAGGUGUACAACUGCCAGGUCAAGUGCAUGCUUGACAAGGUGGACAGCUGGGACUUCGACAUCUUCAUGUUUGACAGAGCUACAAAUGGAAACGGCCUGGUGACAUUGACCUUUCACCUCUUCCUCCAGCUGGGACUGACCCGGCUCUUUCGUCUGGACCCCAUCAAACUGCGUAGUUUCCUAGUCAUGGUGCAGGCAGACUACCACCAGCGGAAUCCCUACCACAACUCUCUCCACGCGACUGACGUCACGCAGGCCAUGUACUGCUUCCUGAGGCAGCCCAAGCUUGCCACAACGCUGAGCUCCUGUGAUAUGCUGCUGGCGUUAGUUGCGGCGGUCACCCACGACCUGGAUCACCCCGGGGUCAACCAGGGCUUCCUGGUCCGGACCGGACACCACCUGGCUGCACUGUACAAGAACUCCUCUGUUCUGGAGAGCCACCACUGGAGGUGUGCUGUGAGCCUGCUGAGGGAGUCUGGGCUCCUGGACCACCUGCCCAUCACUGACCGGCUCAACUUGGAGGAGCGACUGGGUUCUCUGAUCCUGGCCACAGACAUCAGCCAGCAGAACCGCUACCUGGCCCGCUUCAGGGAGCACCUUGACCGAGAAGACCUGAGCAUGGCUGACCCCAGCCACCGUCACCUGGUCCUGCAGAUUACCAUGAAGUGUGCAGACAUCUGUAACCCGUGUCGAGUCUGGAGGCUCAGCUCCCAGUGGAGCUCCAGAGUCACAGCUGAGUUCUUCCACCAAGGCGACGUGGAGAAAAAACACGGAAUGGCAGUCAGCCCCCUCUGUGAUCGACUCUCCGACAGUACGGCACACAUUCAAGCUGGUUUCAUCCGCCACGUGGUGGAGCCUCUGUUCAGGGAGUGGUGUCGCUUCUCCUGCACCAGCCUGUCCCAUCGCAUGCUGGCCCACCUGCAGACCAACCUGGACCGCUGGACGGACCCGAGCCAGCACCCCGAGACCCCCCCCUAGAGUCCUACCAGCCUUCCUAGACCCCCUCCCAAGACAAAGGAACGUAGACCACCUCUGAGAGACAUGGGCACCUUCCUGGACUACCUCCGUGACCACUUCCCUAGAGACCUCCCUAAACCCCCUGCUAGCGACAUGGGUACCUAGAGAACCUCCUGGAACCUAGACCACCUUCUAGGAUCCUCUCUAGACCACUUCCCUAGAGACCUCUCUAGACCACUUCCCUAGAGAUAUAGGAACCCAUACCACCUCCACCGUAGAGACCUACCAGCCUCCCUAGACCACUCCCUACAGAUAUAGUAACCUAGACCACCUCCUAGAGACCUAGGACCCUUCCUAGACCUCCUCCCUACAGAUAUAGUAACCCGGACCACCUCCUAGAGACCUAGGAACCUUCCUAGACCACUUGCAAAGCUUUUACCUCAGGAAAGGAAAGCUUGUGGAAAUGCGUCUCUCCCUUCUCUCGCUCUCCUUCGUCUUCUUACACUUUUAUUCUUUCUUCUUAUUCUCUGUCUCCCUGUAUCUCUCUCGCUCUCUAUCUGCCUUUAUCCUGCUUCCUUUUCGACGCCACCAACUAACCAAUGACUACUUUGUUAUUUCAUUUAAUCGUAUUUAUUACAUUGGGAUGUAUUCCCGGAGUACAGUUACAUCGAUCAUUUACUACCUUACCAAAGUACUACGACAAUGUAUUCAAACUUAAGGUAAUCCAUGGAUUACUACGUACCACAGUAAUGCAUAGAUGUAUUACUAUAUUGUGAUGUUUCUGCUGACAUAUUAUUUAUUGUUGUGUGAUUCAAGCUCUGGUAUCAAAAUGUUUCCUUUCGCUAACCGGAGCUUUCACAGGAUUUAUUGGGUCAUUUCGUGGACUUUGAGGAUUUAAGAUAAGUUCCCACAUUAUCCUGAAGAGUUCAGAAACGGGGGGAAAAUUGCUCAGACAGAUUUAUUUUAUGUAGCGCUAUAAUUUAAUAUUGGAAACCCCAAAUAUGUAGCCAAUGACGAAGAAGAAACAUUGAACAUGAAGAUUGUUCCGGAGACCCGCGGUGGAUGUUUGGAAUGGGGCCAAGGGCGGGCAGACAUUUUGUUACAUGCUAAUUUAACUUAAUUUAACCAAUGGCUUAACUCGGUAUUGGUUCUGGGGCAAAACGGUGCACAUUCAGUCGAAUUAAUUACCACUUGCAUAAAAUGUUUGCUCUUUUGCUAAGGUAGACGAGAAACGCCAUUCGAUCGAGACGAUUUCCUCUUUAUUUGUAUUUUUUUAAGGGUUUUUGGUUGAUCGUUCCACUGUGAAAAUGGACAUGACUGUUGAGUUUGAAUUACUAUUCUUUUAAUUGUGUUUUCCUUUUUCAAGGGCACAUCUGUCAUGUUUGGGGGGGGUGAAAAAUAACAAUAUUUACCAAAUAAUGGUAAUAUACGAUGUGAUACACCAUCAUGUGAAAAAUCCAACUCUUUAAAUCGGUAUCUGUCACAUUAGAGUGUUACGUUUUUAGCUUCUAAAUGUUUGUAUUUAACCGUCAUUUCUUGGAAGAAACACUUGUUGCAUUACAUUCAGUUUUUCUUUUAAGAAGUUAGUCAUUUUGCUUAGGUGGGGCUAUUGUUCGUUCAUCAAGAUGUCGUGAACUCAAAUCUUCCUUCAGUGGAGUUGUGGAACACAAUUUGCUGUACUGGCUGCUUUCACCGGUACUGUUCUAUUGAAGGAGAAUUAGUUAAUGACGAUGGGUAAAAACAUGGAAGUCAGUCCGUUCUUGCAAGCAUGAUUAGGUUGCCAAGUGGAAACUUCCAUUAAACUAUGCUGUUGCUGACAAUUCCCCAUACUUCAGAUGGGAAACCCAAAUGCACCAGCCAUAACUGUAGAUAGUCAAUACACAAUUUCUGACAAUUUUUAAGAAGCCAGACCACAAACAGACCUUUUCAUUUUUUGUCAUAAAAGUUAUGCUUUGUUUUUUGUUUAAAAGGCAGUUGGGGAAUGGAUAGAUGGAUGUUAAACUAUGCACUAAUUUCUUAAGUGACCAAACAGAUUUUUGUCUUAGUAAAUCAUUCACAUGUGUACCGUUCGGCUUUUUGACAUCUUUCAUGUUGGUUUUUCUUUGUUUUCUUUAGACAACACAAAGUUGUAGAAGGACGCAGGUGCUUUUCAUAGUAAAGUGAAAUUUGUAUUUUCUGAAAAUGCCAAGACUUUUUGAUGCAAGUCACCUGUGUGAAGGAACUUCCAUGACAAACUAUUUUGUGAAAAUCUUGCCAAAUAUUGAUAUUUUGCUAUAUUUGCCAGUUAUUACAUUUUCAAUAAUAAAAUGAAUUGACUCUUUUGCGGCAUAAAUAAUACUUAACUACACUGUGAUCCAAGCCAUUUCAACACAAUGCAAAGGUUUAUGCUAAAUGUAAGUAUAUGCAUUAGUGAUCUUUAACCACAUUAAUUUAUCUUCGAAGCUAUACACUUGGAGUAUUCAGAAUGGUUGAUAUAGUGACGAAAAAUCAGGUAUGUUUUCUGAUGGAUGUGUAGUGACGGGUCGUUGCCGGGGAACGAGUUGUCUCGAAUAGCUCAGCUAGGCUCAACUACGGUAUAUGAAGAGCCGGCUCUUAUCGGUGAGCUGAGCCAAAUUAUCAGACUCAAUGAAAAAAGACGGAAAGCCCAUCAACUUUUCCUAGGGCGUUGGCUCUUUAAAUCCUACAACAUUCUGAACGGAUGGCCGGCGAGGUCAGCUGAACACUCAAUAUCCAAUCACAGACGCGCAUUUUAACAGCUGACACUUUUUUUCGUCUCCGACCAGGAAGCAUAGCCAACAACAAUCAAGUCGCAUACCCUUUCAUUAUGUAGCUUUACGUGUCAGUCUAUUCGCGGUCUAUGCGUUUGAUUAUGAUACAGAAUACUUGUUAUUGUAUCAUGUUAUGUUAUCGUUGUGCUGUCAUGUGAUCCUUGGUGACAGUUCAUUGAAUAACCCAACUAGCCAUCCUCACUCGCCUUGUGGUCGCCGCUCCCGAAACGCUCGUGGUAAGUGCCAACGUUGCUGGCAGCCGAUGUUAAUACUACACUGUGGUCAUUGGCAUUUGCCAGUGGCGUUAGCGUGUCCGUUUUAUAGCUCCAAAUGAGCGUAAAUGAGUUUAAACGCAUAUAGGCGCAGUCAGGGGCGUUGCUAGACCUAGAGUUUUACUGGGGCAAAGGCCCCCAACUGCCAACAUUUUUUUUUUUACGUGUGCACAAUAUGAAAUAGAUGGAUACAGAAGGGUAUGUACAAGCUUCAAAAUCAUUGUCACUGUCAUAUUGUAGGCUAUAUUAAAGCACUGGUAAAGGUAAAGACGCAAAGAUGGAUUCAUGAGUACCGUACAAUUAUAUUUAUUUAAACACAUACACAUCUCAAAGAUUUACAAAUAAGGUAACUGACAAAUAAACAAAAAGUCUCUUUAUGACCUUCACCUCUUUAUCAGGAGAAGUCUACACAUCUAUAUUUAUUUAGAAGCUGUGUGGAAACAGCAUAAUUUUGCCAGAACGACAUGUACUAAAAAGGCAAGAAACAAGGUUUAAAACUAAUAGAAUUUCUGACUUAAGGUGAGGUGGCUCAUUGCCACCAAUCAACCUGGAAAAUGUUAUAGAACCAUCAAAGCUCUUAAAUUAAACUAAAUAAGGCCAUACACUACUGCAUAGAGCCUUUUUUAAUGAUUAUUUUUUCACUAUUAAGCUGUAUCGCCGCGCCUUCAUGGUGGCAAAGCGGUCAAUAACGUGGCUUUGACUCACUUUGCAUAGUUGCUCCUUUUCAAUGGACAAAAGAGAAAGUUGGUGAAGCCUUCCUUGCCCCAUGGUUGACCUAAGCCAGGUGUGGAGCCUUCUCGACACACUGAAAGAUCGCUCACAACUACAACUGUUUACAGGAAUUGUGAGUGCAAUGAUCUGAAUUAUCUGUGUCAGUGUUGGGAACAUUGUUGGAUCCAUAUAUGUUAAAAACACCCUGUAUAUCCAUAAUUUCCUUUUUUGUGUUAAGGAAGUUUUUGUCCACUAAAACUUCCUCAAGUUUUGAAGACAGACAAUUUUUCAUUCAUUAUUCAUUUUCCGCGUGUGUGCGUGCACGCAUGGUGUGUGUGUGUGUGUGUGUGUGUGUGUG